CCGGAGAAAACGGAGCAAGCCUACUCAGAGACGGACGGAGAGGGUGCAUUGAUGAGACAGAGCGGACCCACUGCGCUACUUUCUUUAUUCUACCUUAAGGGCAGGAUGGCGAAAGUCUACAUUCGCUGAGGAAGUGGCGUAAAUUGAAAGGUCUUCACAGAUAAGACCGGAGAAAGGCAGGAAUUUUACUGCAGCUCCCAAACACUACGGGAAAGCGCGGGAAUAUAUUAUUGGAUUAUUUAUACGGAUCGAAACGCAUCAAAAUCCACGUUUUUAAUGAAGAUUUGAGGACCCAGCGCCUUAUCCGACUUCAGAGACGAAAUUUGAAUCUAAAUAACUUAUUGUGAUAAGGAAAGAGUUGAACGAAUAUGAUAUGAUCCAUCCGAGUUCGUUCGAGAAGGAAUUUAGAUUGCACUUUAAACAUUAUUAACUCUCUAUUUGGAGAUAGGCUGUGAGCACAGUCGUUUUGCCCCAAAAAUUUGUAAUAGCUGUUUUGCAUUCAUUUGAAGUGAGUGUAAAAAUGAUGGUUAUCAACGAUUGAAACGAGCUCUACGGUACCUCUCACAAGCCGAACAGUAGGGUGUUUUGCUUUUGAAAUGAUAUUUUCAAUGCAUUUGUUCGCAAUGCGUAACGUUACUCUUGCGUGUUUUCCAAAUCCUGCUUGAAAAUGUCUGUCCCAUAGACUAGCCUACUCAACGGGAUGAGAGGAGACUAACGUUCGUUGACUAUUUUAUACAUCACAACUGAAUGUGUUGGCUGGACAGCAACCGCGACAAGAGGAGCUACAUUAGACGCAUCAUAAAACAAAGAAACAUUUAAAACUUUUAUUUUGAUAACUUCGAAAAUAGAGAGCGCACGUUUAGUCUGGAAUACAAGAAUAGAUGAUUCUCAAAAGACAGAGGACGACAUAAAUCUUCCACCAUGUUCAAAGGUGGCUGCAGGCUGGAGUUCCUGCUGGUUCUCUGUGGUUUGGAGCUUUCUUGGUCCUGCCCACACCACUGUAUCUGCUACACCGCGCCCAGUACUGUCAGCUGCCAGGCACACAACUUCCUGUCCGUCCCCGAAGGCAUUCCCCCGCACAGCGAGCGCAUCUUCCUGCAGAACAACAAGAUCCACCGACUGCUGCAGGGCCACUUCAGCCCCACCACGGUCACACUGUGGAUCUACUCCAACAACAUCACCUACAUCGAGCCCUCCACCUUCCACGGCUUCGCCCAGCUGGAGGAGCUGGACCUGGGGGACAACCGUCACCUGCGUUCCCUGGCUGCAGACACCUUCCAUGGGCUGGGCCGGCUCCAUGCUCUGCACCUGUACCGCUGUGGGCUCAGUGCGCUGCCCAGUAACAUCUUCCAGGGGCUACGCAACCUGCAGUAUCUCUACCUACAGGAUAAUCACCUGGAGUUCCUGCAGGAUGACAUCUUUGUGGACCUCCACAACCUGAGCCACCUGUUCCUGCAUGGGAACCGUCUGUGGUCGCUGCACCAGAACACCUUCCGGGGGCUGGGGGCCCUGGACCGCCUGCUGCUGCACCACAACCAGCUGCAGUGGGUGGACCGCCUGGCCUUCCACGACCUGCGUCGCCUCACUACCCUCUACCUGUUCAACAACUCACUGACCGAGCUGUCUGGAGACUGCCUGGCACUGCUGCCUGCACUGGAGUACCUGCGCCUCAAUGACAACCCCUGGGAGUGUGAUUGCAAGGCCCUGUCACUGUGGGACUGGCUCAAACGCUUCAGAGGUUCUACUUCGUCCGUAGGCUGUCAGGCCCCGGCCGAGCUGGCUGGGAAGGACCUCAAGCAGCUCCGCAAGGAGGACUUCCCCAACUGCUCUGGCUCUGAGUCCCUGCACCAGAGCAAGACCUGGGCCGGGACUGAUAAGGUGUCUCUAAAGAAGGAGCCACACCCGGUGCCACCGCCUCACUCCCACCCCCACAGCCCUCACCACGAGGCGCCAUACUACCCCUCGCCGCCUUCACCUCUGCCCCAUCCGCCCCCGUCCAUAAGCGGGGAGGCUCCGGGAUCAGAGGGACAGCCUGGGGUGGCGCCCCCUCAGAGGCCAGGCCGUGCUCGGAACUGCACCCGCCAGCGCGUCAGGGGAGGCAAGGGGAAGGGGCAGAACGAGGUGCAUACCUUAAAGGAGAUGGCCGAUAAAGAAUAUUCCUUGCCUGAUUUUGAAGGGGGCAAAUAUGACCACACGUCCCCGGAUGGCACCAUCACGCGGAGGAAGCAUAAGUGCCCUCCCCGGACCACUGUUCGCCCCCCUAGUGGGGUGCAACAAGCCACCAAUAGGGCCAUGUUCUCCCAGCCCUUAGUGCAUCUCAGCACCAUACUGGGAGCUUUAUUGCCCGUGACCAUUGUCCAUAUUCUCCACUGACCUAGAGGGGGGGAAUAGAUACUGGCUAAACAACAACAGUGCAGUCCUCAGACCUGCUCUAGCUCCUGCACAACAAGGCCUGUGUGUGUGUGUGUGUGUGUGUGUGUGUGUGUGUGUGUGUGUGUGUGUGUGUGUGUGUACUUUGUGUGUAUGUGGUUGUGUGUGUAAAACAUUGUGUAGGGAGCUUCGCUGUUUAGACUCAAAUAGACUUUCAAUCAUCAACAUAAAAUGUGAAAAGACUCACGAUGCUGUGUGAGGGAUGGGGAUGUGUGAGGGAUGGGGAUGUGUGAGGGAUGGGGAUGUGUGAGGGACGGGGAUGUGUGAGGGACGGGGAUGUGUGAGGGACGGGGAUGUGUGAGGGACGGGGAUGUGUGAGGGACGGGGAUGUGUGAGGGACGGGGAUGUGUGAGGGACGGGGAUGUGUGAGGGACGGGGAUGUGUGAGGGACGGGGAUGUGUGAGGGACGGGGAUGUGUGAGGGACGGGGAUGUGUGAGGGACGGGGAUGUGUGAGGGACGGGGAUGUGUGAGGGACGGGGAUGUGUGAGGGACGGGGAUGUGUGAGGGACGGGGAUGUGUGAGGGACGGGGAUUGAGGAAAGACAAAAGGAAAACAGAACACACUUGCACUGCCACUGUUGCCAUUAUGUUGUCAUUUCCUGUUGUCUUGGCCUCUUUCUGUCUUGAGUUCUGUCUUCGACUCUACUGGAGCGCAGGUAACCAAACUGUUUUGGAAAAGAGACGUUGCGAAUGCAGAAAUGUAGCUAUGAGACAGAUAGACUCGAAGGAAAAAGUGUUGGAGACUUUAAUUAUCAGUUCACAGUUUAUAAAUCCUUAUUGAGGGGCGAAAUAGAAAACAGAUGACGUGGUGAAAGAAACCAUCACAGAGAAGUCUAGCCCAAUCUUGUGUUUCAUAUUAUUUGCCAAAUGUUUUUUUAUUACAUUAAUUGCCAAUAGCUGCUCCAUAGAAUUGGGCUGCCGAGGUAUCCGAGGGUAUUGCUCAUCAACAGGGAGAUAAGCAGGAAGAUGCCCAGUCAUAAAUCAUAAUUCCAUAUCAGAACAGGAAUGUGCAACACUCACUUCUUAGCAGAAGUAAUGGAAAACUAUAGAAACAGCAAUUGAAAGAGCAGCACACAAACAGACCAGUCAGCUCCAGGUACAGUAUGAUAACUAUGUCACUUCUGCUCCAUGUCCAGGUAACAUUGACCCCGAGCUAGUUAUACAUCUUCUACCUACUUUACAGUAUUUCUACAUUAUUUACAUCCUGCUUUAAAAAUUCUGAAUGUCCUGCCUUUCUACCUGCUCCAGGUCAUUUUCUACAUGUGCUACUACGUUUUAAGCUAAUGUACCCAAGCUGCUAAUUAUCUGUAUGGAGGUGAGUGGGACUGUGGUCCACUCCCAUCUCCUUAAAAACCAGUGUGUGUCCCCACGAGAAGGAAGCUGUGAAUAUUGAUGGAUCUGUCUAUUUCUUGUCUAAAAUGUUGUUUGUUUGAUUUUGCCAAGAUGUAAAGAGAACCUAGAGAUGGAGCCCUAUACAGGGUACAGAGCCUUAGGGGUUAAGGGUCAGAUUGGCUAUUCUCAGUUUCCCAGUGAGGCUUUGGGCUUUGCUAAACAGAAUGCUCUUUAGUGUGGGCAUCCCUUCCUCAUUGGAAUGUGAGGAACAUUUAUAUAUUGUCCGAAUCAAUGGACAUCAAAGGAAAACAACUGCCCAACAAGACUAGAGAAGAAACAAAAACAAUAUGUGAACCUUAAAUGACUUCUGUAAUGAAUAAAAGAUUAUACGAAUAAAAACAUAUUGAAUCGAGCAUGGCAAAACUUGGACCUCUCUCUUGGAAAUAACAUAACUGCUAAAAUGUCUCCCUCUACAAUGACUGCUGUUCUUGUCAAUGGAUGUGGGGGAACCAAGAGAAAGACAAUCACUUCUAAAGUAGCAGGGAAUUAACAGGACGAUGGACAGACAGACAGACUACUGCUGGACUGCUAUCCCGCUGGACUACUGGAGCUUUUGUGCCUCUGGAAAAUGAAACGCUAAGUUGACGAUGUUCGUAAUAACAAUGAUGUGAACUGUACCAUUAACAAUGACAACAGGAGGACUAACUAACUGCAGCUCUAAUAUUAAUCAUUUAUUAUGAGAAUACCAAUACUAAUGACAUCGUCAGAAAUGAAAACAGGGUUUCUGCUCCCCUGAUGAGGGGACAAUCUUUCUUUAAAUGAAUUUACCAUUACAUUGUUUUGUUUGUUUACUAAAAAAAACAUUUUAUUUCCUUUUUUUGUUACAUCCUCUCAACCUCUUUAUCUGAUAAAACAAUGCACAAUUCAGUCCCCCAUCCUACUGUUCCCCUCCUGUCUCCUGCUGUUCCCCAUCUAUCUCCUGUCUCCUACUGUUCCCCAUCUAUCUCCUGUCUCCUACUGUUCCCCAUCUAUCUCCUCUCUCCUACUGUUCCCCAUCUAUCUCCUGUCUCCUACUGUUCCCCAUCUAUCUCCUGUCUCCUACUGUUCCCCAUCUAUCUCAUGUCUCCUACUGUUCCCCAUCUAUCUCCUGUCUCCUACUGUUCCCCAUCUAUCUCCUCCUGUCUCCUACUGUUCCCCAUCUAUCUCCUCUCUCCUACUGUUCCCCAUCUAUCUCCUGUCUCCUACUGUUCCCCAUCUAUCUCCUGUCUCCUACUGUUCCCCAUCUAUCUCCUGUCUUUGCCAUGACUGAAUGGUUCAAUAAGUUAUCAAAGAACAACCGUAUAAAAUGUUUAUAAAGAUAUUAAAGUCUAUAUCUUCUUAU